GGCUGUUUGCUGCUCUUUGGAUCGGUGACUUCAGGAAGCCAAUCAGGAUGGAGGGCGAGGAGGACGGGGCGGGGCGAGUGAGAGAGCUGCAGGAGCAGAGGAUGACGGUCCAGAAGAAGACCUUCACCAAGUGGAUGAACAGCGUCUUCACCAAGAACGGGGAGAACGUUGAGCUGAAGGAUGUUUACGUGGAUCUGAAGACCGGAGUCGCCCUCAUUCGUCUGCUGGAGCUCAUCUCCAAGGAGACGCUGCCUCCACCCAGCCGCCGCAACCUGAGGGUCCACUGCCUCGAGAACAACAGCAACGCCAUCAGCUUCCUCAAGACCAAGAUUCGAGUGGAUCUGAUUGGUCCAGAGAACGUGGUGGACGGGGACCGUACGCUGAUCCUGGGUCUGCUGUGGAUCAUCAUCCUCAGGUUCCAGAUCGGACCCAUUAGCCUGGACGAGGCGGGAGGAGGCAGCGUGGCUCAUCGCUCAGCAAAGGAGGCGCUGCUGAUCUGGUGUCAGAGGAAGACCUCCGGAUACGACGGGGUCAACGUGGUCGACUUCUCUUCAAGCUGGAGGAACGGACUGGCCUUCAACGCCCUGAUCCACGCACACAGGCCUGACCUCUUUGAUUACGGCUGUCUCCGUGGAGACGACCCCCUCCCCAACCUGCAGCGGGCCUUCUCGCUGGCGGAGCGUGAGUUCGGGAUCAUGCAGCUGCUGGAGGUGGAGGACGUGGUGCUCCACCCGGAUGAGAAGUCCAUCAUGACCUACGUGUCCCUCUACUACCACUACUUCUCCAAGGUGAAGCAGGGCCAGACCAUCCAGAAGAGACUGGCCAAGAUUGUCGGCAUGCUGAUGGAUCUGGACCACAUGAAGGUCCAGUACGAGAGGCUGGUCUCAGAUCUGCUCCUGUGGAUCCAGAGCAAGGUGAUGCAGCUGAAUGACAGGCGCUUCCCAAACUCUGUGAGGGGGACGCAGAACCUCAUGGCGGCCUUCAAGACCUACAGGACGGUGGAGAAACCCCCCAAAUAUCAGGAGCGCGGGGCGAUCGAAGCUCAUCUGUUCAGUCUGAAGACUCAGCUGGCAGCCAACAACCAAUGGGCUUACAAUCCUCCAGAGGGUCAGACCCUGAGGGACAUGGAGAGGUGUUGGGUCCUGUUGGAGCGGGCGGAGCACGAGCGUGAGCGAGCUCUUCAGGAGGCGCUGCUCCGCCUGGAGAACCUGGAGCAGCUCGCCCAGAAGUUUGAGAGGAAGGCGGCGCUGAGGGAGGGCUACCUCGAGGACACGCUGCGUCUCAUCCGGAGGCAGGACGUCCCGGGCCUGGCCUCCCUAGAGGAGGCGCAGGCGGCCCGGCGGCGCCUGGAGGCGUUGGCCACCGACGCCCUCGCCAGAGAGCCGCGCUUCGCCGCCCUGAGAAACAUGGCCGACAGCGUGGAGAAAGGAGGCUACCACAGCAAGGAGCGCAUCACCAGGAGAGAGCAGAACAUCAGCCAUCGAUGGAAGGACCUCCUGCAGCAGCUCCAAGAGCAGAGGGGGCUGCUGGGAAAUGUAGUCGAAAACCUGAGCGUGCUCCGAGACAUCGAGCUCGUCUCCCAGGAAGUGAAAGAGCUACAGUCCCAGGCCAGUUCUUCUGAGAUGGGCAAGCAGCUGGCGGAGGUUGAGUCUCUCCUUCAAAAACAGGAUCUCCUGGAAGCUCAGAUCUCAGCUCACGGAGAAACCAUCAGCGCCAUCAGCAACAAGUCAAUGAAGGUGAAGGUGAUCGGAGGUCAUCAGAUUCAGAGCAGAGUGGCAGAUCUGGACUCUCAGUACAGAUCUCUGGUUUCUCUCAGCAGCAGCAGGAGGCUGCAGCUGGAGGCCCAGCGGAGGCUCUUUGACUUCUUCUCCGACUGUGAGGAGGCGGAGUUCUGGUGCUACGAGCGCCGGCUGAGGAUUCAGACCGCCGGACUCGGACGAGACCUGAACCACAUCCAGCUGAGCCAACACAAGCACAAGCUGUUAGAGGCGGAGCUUCAGGCCCAGGAGACCCUGUACCGGGGGGUCCUGGGCCGCGGACGGGACCUGCUGGCCGACCACAGCCAGCCCAACCGGAACCUCGUCCAGAAGUGGACCCGUACCCUGGAGAAGCAGUGGAGCCUCCUGGGCCACGAGGCGACAGCACGCCGCGACCGGCUGCAGGCCGCCGCCGCCAUCAAACAGUACUUUGCCGAUGUGGCGGAGGCUGACUCCUGGCUGGGCGACAGGAAACCGCUGCUGACCAGCGAGGACCACGGGAAGGACGAGGCGAGCACGGCGGCGCUGCUGCAGCGCCACCUGCGGGUGGAGCGGGAGAUGGCGGCCUACGGCUCUGAGAUGAAGAGGCUGGCGGAGCAGGCGAGGAGCGCCGCGCAGCUAACGGCUCUGACUGCGGAGCCUCAGCCGAGCGAGAUGGACAGCGACUCGUCCGGAGGCGAGGAGGCUCCGGGGGCGGAGUCACCGUCGGCCGGGGGAGGGAGGGUCUCCGGGACGACCGCCCCUGGCGAGGCCAAGCUCCGCUUCAGAUACAGUAGAGAUGAACAAGUUCUUUUCUGUUUUAUUGUCACUGAACUAAUUGCAGGUCAGUUUCCAUGGGAUCGCGACGAGGUCGUUAGCGUCAUCGGCAGCGAGCCGGACGGAGACCGUCUCCUGGCCAGAGACACACGAGGACACCAGCAGCUCGUCCCCAGGAGCUACCUGAGCCUGCUGCCAGCCCCCGCUCCUCCCACCUCCUCGAGCGCGAGGCCGAACCGGCGGAGGCGCAGCCGCUCGAUGCGUCGCGGCACCGCCGAGAUCCAGACGCCGUGGCUGGCGGACCCGCAGUACCGGAGGGAGGCGGUUGAGAGCACGCAGGCCGCGCUGGACCAGGACUACAGCGCCUUGCUCCACCUGCUCACGACGAAGACGAGGAGCCUGCAGGAAGCGCUGCGUCUGCACCGGUUCCAGAGCGGCGUGCAGGAGUUCGAGGGGUGGAUGGAGGACAAGGAGAAGGUCCUGGACGCCUUCAGCCCCGACGCCGACGACCUGGCAGCCGCUCAGGCCAAGUACGAGAACUUCCUGACUGAGCUGGCGAGUGGGCGUGGCCAGCUGGAUGACAUCGUCCGAGUGGCGGAGGAGCUGGUGACGAGCCGGCACAGCAGACGGAGGGAGAUCCAGGACCGGCGGCGGAGGGUCUCCGACAGAUGGGACCGGAUCCAGCGGCUGAAGGACCAGAAGGGGCACGAGCUGCUGAGCGCGGCCGAUGUUCAGUCCUUCCUGCGGAGCUGCCGGGAGGCCGAAACCGAGCUGAGGGGUCGGCUGGCGGACCUGGACGUGGUGGACCUGGACGUGGUGGACCUGGACGUGGUGGACCACGACCGCGGAUCUUUACAGCUGGCUUCAGAGGAGCAGCAGCAGAACCAGACCGUCAGAGACAUCCAGACCCUGGAGGCCAAGAUCGCCUACUUGAGGGGCGUGGCCAUGAAGAAGCAGGACUGCAGUCCAGCAGAGGGCGCCGCCAUCCUGGAGGAGGUUCGGGGUCUGGAGGCUCUGCUCCAGCAGCUGAAGCUGCAGGCCGCCGACAGACGGCGCCUCCUGGAGGCGGCGCGCAGCCUGCAGGGCUUCCAGCGGCGGGCCAAGAUGCUGCGGCGCUGGGCCGGCUCGACUCAGGAGCGCCUCCUGCAGGAGGAGGAGGCCUCCGACGUGGCCUCGGCCCUCGCGCUGCUGGAGCAGCACCGGGAGCUCCGCCUGCAGAUGGAGGAGCAGAGGAGCAGGUGGAGGGAGACGGAGGAGUUGGGGAGGUCCCUUGUGAGGGGCUCAUCCGACGGGAGCACAGGGGGCGUCGACGUCCGGAGGACCCUGGAGGAGCUGGAAGCCGAUUGGUCCAAGCUGGACAAGCUGUGGGCCAGCAGGGGAGCGCGCCUGGAGGAAGGGGCGGAGCUCCAGAGGCUGAACCAGGAGGGCGACCGCAUCGAGGCGGCGCUGUCGGGGCACGAGACCCGACUGAGGGUCGACGACGUCGGGGACUCGGUGGAGGGGGUCUGCGCUCUACUGGGCCGACAGGACGAGCUGGAGGGCCUCCUGAAGGCUUUGGACCAGCGGGUGGAUCGGUUCGCCCAACGCAGCCAGGAGCUCGUCCUCCAGCGGCACCACGGCGCCGCGCGCAUCCAGGAGCAGAGCGACAGCAUCCAGAGGAAGAACAGGAAGCUGCAGGAGAGCAGCAGGAAGAGGAGGAGUCUGCUGCUGGACUCCAAGAGAUAUCAGGAGUUCCAGAGGGACGCCGACGAGCUGCUGCUCUGGAUGGAGGAGAAGUUGAAGGUGGCGGAGGACGAGUCGUACCGGGACCCCACCAACGUCCUCCCCAAGCUGAAGAGACACGAGGCCGCCGAGAAGGAGAUGCAGGCCAACCAGGUGUGGCUGGAGGGCCUGGUUCAGCUGGGGGGUGAGAUGCUGGCCCAAGAGCACUACGGCAGCCAGAGCAUCGGCAGGAAGUCCACUCUGGUCAGCAGCCGCUGGCGGAGGCUUCAGGACAAGAUGGCCGACCGAGGAGACAAGCUGAGGCAGGCGGGGCAGCAGGAGCAGCUGAUGGAGCUGCUGCAGGAUGCCAAGCUGAAGAUCGAGGCCAUCCAGUGGAUGCUGAGCAACGCCGCCAAAGGUCACGACCUCCGCUCCAGCCGGCAGCUCCUGAAGGAGCAUCAGCAGCUGGAGCAGGAGGCCAAGGAGCUGGCGGAGAAGAUCAACUCCAUCGUGAGCAGAGCCAAGCUCCUCGCCUCCACCCACUUUGACUCCCAGAGGAUCCUCCGGGAGACCGACACCUACCUCACUCUGUUCAAGUCCCUCCAGAAGCCUCUGGACCGGCGCCGCGCUCAGCUGGAGGCCUCGGUGCUGCUGUUUGGCUUCCAUCACGACGUGGACCUGGAGCUCAGCUGGAUCUCCGAACACGUCCCCGCCUCGACAUCAACGGGAUACGACAAGUCUCUGGCCGGAGCCAUCAGCCUGAUGCAGAAACACAAGGAGCUGCAGGCAGAAGUGAACGCCCACCGAAAACACCUGAACCUCGUCAUGGAAAAGGGGCGGGCCUUGGCCAAGUCCAGCCAAUCGGAUGAAGAAGAAGUCCUCCAGAGGUGCAAACACCUGAGUGCAGAGUGGGAGGAGCUAGAGGAGGCCUGCCGCAAGAAAGCAGCUCACCUGAGCAAGACCAUCACCAGAGAACAGCUGCUGCUGGACUGCUGUGAGCUGGAGUCCAGGCUGACGGAGACCCUCACGUUGGUGAACACCGACGACUACGGCAAAGACCAGCUGGCCACGCGAAGCCUCCUCACCAAGCACCAGGUGCUGGAGGGGCAGCUGGAGGUGCUGGAGGUGGAGGUGGAGGAGCUGGGAGACCAGGUGGAGCAGGCGGUUCAGAGCUGGAGCCUCUCUGAGCUCAGCAGGCCGCGCAGUCACCUGGGCAGCCUGAACCAGCAGCUUCAGCACCAGGCGGCGCUCAGGGGUCAGAGGUUAAAGGAGGUGCUCCAUCUGCACGAGUUCAGAAGAGAGUCCUCUGAGUUUGAGGACUGGAUGGAGCAGCAGAGACAGUGGGCGGAGUCUCAGGACCUGGGCAACGACCACCAGCACGUCCAGAUGCUGCAGGGGAAGUUUGAAGGUUUCCUCCAGCAGCUGGAGGUCGGAGAGGAGCGGCAGCAGAGCUGCAGAGAUGUUGCUGCUCCACUGCUCCACAAGAAGCAUCCUCAGAGCUCCGAGGUCAGAGACACGCUGCGGCAGCUCAGUGCAUGCUGGGAGGACUUGAGGAGCGCGGCCAGGCAGCGGCGGGACCAGCUGCAGAGAGCCGAAGAGUGUCACCGCUUCUACCGAGACCUGAGCGAGGCCCGGAGCCUGAUCCAGGAGCGACAGAAGAGCAUCCCCGACGGCGUGGCCAAGGAUCUGAGGGGUGUGAUGUCACAGCUGAGGAAGCACGAAGCGCUGCUCCACGAGCUGGCAGCCACGGAGCAGCAGUUGCAGGAGCAGCUUGACACCGUGGACUCCAUCCUGGACCUCUGCAUGCCUCAGCUGAGGCUCCUCCUGCAGGAGGUUCAGCAGGAGGUGGUGGAGCGGUGGGAGGAGCUGCGACUCCACGCUGAGCGGAGGAAGGAGGAGCUUCAAGUGGCGUGCCAGCGAUACCUGUUCCUGAACACGGUGCAGGACUACUUCCUGUGGUGCGGUCAGCUGAUCGGGGCGAUGGCCGCCGAGGAGAGCAUCAGCGACGUGGCCACCGCCAACCUCCAGCUGGCGCAGCACCAGCAGCUGUGGGCGGAGAUGGAGGCCCGAGAGGAGACCUACCGGCAGGCCGUGAGCAUGGGGGAGGAGUUACAGGACGCCAACAGGAAGGAGGUGCUGGAGAAGCUGGAGGCCCUGAGGGAGGAGCGGCGCAAGCUGGAGGAGCAGUGGAAGCAGAAGAAGAGCUGGCUGGAGAGCGUCCACCUGGAGCAGGUCUUCUACCGGGACGCCAACGCCGUGGACAAGACCUCCGGCUCUCAGGAGUUCCUGCUGCAGAACGGCACUCUGGGAGACGCGGUGGGCGAGACGGAGGGUCUGAUCAAACGCCACGAGGCCUUCGAGAAGCUGCUCAGCUCGCAGGAGGACAAGCUGUCCUCUCUGAAGGAGAUGGCCGAGCGGCUGAAGGAGCGUCUGAGCGCAGAGAAGAGCGGGCGGGUCCAGACCCGACUCAAGGCCCUGCUCCGGCGACGCCAUAGGAUCAAGGAGCUGUCCGUCAAACGCAGGGAGGAGCUGGAGCUCUCCAGGGCGCUGAGCGUCUACAGGCGGGACGUCGCCGAGGCCGAGGAGUGGGUCUCUGAGCGGAUGCACAAGAUGGCGGAGGACGGAAAAGCCGACCUCACUGAUCUCCGGGCCAAGAUGAAGCUUCUGCAGAAACACCAGGUGUUCGAGGCGGAGAUCCUGGCUCACGAAGAGAUCAUUGGCGCCGUGCUGCAGGCCGGGGAGGAGCUGGUGUCCCUUCGCCACCAGAGGUCCAAGGAGGUGAAGAGGAGCGCGGCCGCCCUGCAGCUCCACUGGGAGGAGCUGAAGAAGGCCUUGGCCAGCCGAGGGAAAGCUCUGGAAGACAACAGGGACUUCCUGGAGUUCCUGCAGAAGGUGGAGGAGGUGGAGGCCUGGAUCCGUCACAAGGAGGUGAUGGUCAACGUGGGAGAUGUGGGGAAGGAUUAUGAACACGGAGUCCAGCUGCUGAAGAAACUGAGCGAGUUCAGAGGAACCGAAGAGGGGGAGGUGACGGUGGACGACGCCCACAUCACAGCCAUCAACAGACGGGCCGCUCGACUGGAGAAGAGACAGAGCGCCGACCAGCUGGGGACAGUGAGACGGAGGAGACAGCAGCUCAAUGACAGGUGGAGUAAGUUUCAGGGAGACCUGGUCAGUUACAGGAGGAAGGUGGAGGCGGCGCUGGUGGUGCACGGCCUCAUCAGAGAGCUGGAGGAGGUCAGAGACCGAGCCAACGAGAAGAUGCUGCUGGGUCAGGACUGCGGCGUGGACGUGGACAGCGUGGAGAACCUGAUCAGACGCCACGAGGAAACGGAGCGGGAGGUUGGGGUCAUCCAGGAGAGGUCAAAGGACCUGCUGAAGGAGGUCUCUCACCACCUGAAGGCCCCGUCGGUGAUGAGCGACGAACUGAAGAAGAAACAGAAGGAGGCGCAGAGCGCUCUGAGCUCUCUGGAGAGGGAGGUGAAGCUCAGGAAGGAGAAGUUGCAGGAGGCCCACCAGCUGCAGCUCUUCAAAGCCAACCAGCGCCUCCUGCUGGAGUGGAGCCUGAAACAGAUCAGCGAGCUGGUGGAGAAAGGCCUUCCCAGGACCCGGGCCGAGGCGGACCGGCUGGCGGUGGAGCACCAGGAUCGGAAGACGGAGAUGGAGGCCCGGGCAGAGCGCGUCGACUCCGUCCGGGACUUCGGCCUGAGUCUGAUCCGGUCGGGCCACGGCUCGGGACCGGAGAUCCGGAAAGCCCUGAGCCAGCUGGAGGAGGCAAAGGCUGGACUGGACCGGGCCUGGCGGAACCGGAGCAGCGCCCUGGAGCAGGCCCGAGUGCUGCAGGAGUUCCUGGCUUCUGUAGACCAACGUGAGACCUGGUUCACCAACAAAGAGGUUCUGCUCAGCAGCCGGGAGGUCGGGAGCUCGGUGCAGGAGGUGGAGUCUCUGCAGAGGAAGCAGGCUCAGUUCGAGGAGGCUCUGGAAGCUCAGCUGGUCCAGGUGGACCAGGUGGAGAAACUGGGCCUGAAGAUGAUACAACAGAAACACUACGACUCCGACAACAUCGCAGACAAGAUCAGAGCGCUGGCCGCUAGGAGGACCCAGCUGCAGCAGCAGAGCAGAUCUCGUCACAAAGCUCUGGAUGAAUCCCUGAAGCUGCAGCAGUUCUUGUCCAGCAGCUACGAGGUGUGUGUGUGGCUGAGCGAGCGUAGCGCCGUGGCUCUGGACGAGAACUGGAAGGAACCAACCAACCUUCAAGCCAAACUGCUCAAACAUCAGAGCUUCGAGGCCGAGAUCCACGGCAACCGCUCCAGAGUGGACGCGCUCACCAAGGAAGCAGAGGAGCUGCUCUCAGAGGUGAAGGUUGGGCUUCGUCUCAGAGAGCUGAGGGACAGCUGGGAGGCUCUCAUCCACCUCUGUAAGGAGAAGAGGAGCAGACUGCAGGAGGCCUACCGGGCGCUGCAGGUCCAGCGCUCUCUGGACGACACGGAGCAGUGGGUGGGCUCUGUGGAGAAGGAGCUGGCGCAGGAGGAGCCGGGCAGCGACCUGCCUUCAGUCAACAGGCUGCUGAAGGCUCUGCAGGGUCUGGAGGAGGAGGUGGACGGACACCGGGACAGAGUCCAGGCUCUGGUGGAAACAGCGAAGGGCUUCCACUCUCAGGGGAACUUCCUGGCCGAGGAGAUCCAGAUCAGAGUGGCACACAUCAUCAACAGGUACAACAGUCUGGCAGAACCCCUGCAGAGCCGAAGGGAAGCCCUGGAGGCCCGGCAGGUUCUCUUCCAGUUCUACAGAGACCUGGAGGAGGAGGUGGCCUGGCUGAGUGAAAGACUGCCGAACAUGACCUCUGGGGACUGGGGGGUCUCGCUGAGCGGCACGCAGCAGCUGCUCCACCGGCACCAGGCUGUGAUGCAGGAGAUCCAGAGCCGCAGCCCAUUGGUCCAGGCCGUUCAAGAGGCGGGGCAUAGUCUGGUCAAAGGUCGUCACUUUGCAUCAGUCGACAUCCGCGCCCGUCUGGAGGAGCUGGAGGGUCUCCACCAGGAGCUGCUGACGGAGGCAGAGAGGAAGGGGAAACUCCUGCAGGAGGCGCUCACCAUCCACAGCUUCCUCUCCGAGGUCUCUGAGCUGCAGCUCUGGUCGGAGGAGCAGCGGACCGCUGUGGACACUCGGGACUGCGGGAAGAGUGAAGAGGGGACGGAGGCCCUGCUGAGGAGGCUGGACUCUUUGGAGGUGGAGCUGGAGAGCCAGAGGAGGACGGUGGAAGAGCUUCAGCAGAGAGGAGUCUCUUUGGAGCUCCUUGGACACCCCAACAGCCACCUGGUCAGCGAGUGUCUCCCAGGCGUCCCAGAAGGCCUGGACAAUCUGAUCCGGCUCUCCGCCACUCGUCGCGCCGCUCUGGAAGACCAGCUCCGCCUCUUUGUUUUUGAGAGGGAAGCCAAAGAUCUCCAAACAUGGCUGACCUCCAAGAAGACCCAGGCAGAGUCCAUGGACUGCGGACAAGAUCUGGAGGACGUAGAGGUCCUUCAGAAGAAGCUGGAGGUUCUGGUGUCGGAGGUUUCGGGUCUGGGUCGGAGCCGGCUGGACUCGGUGCAGCAGCUGGUUGGGGGGCUGCAGCGGGACGACGAGGUCCGGAGGAGGGACGAGGGCCUCAGCGGGCUGUGGGACGAGCUCAUGGGCAGCAUCAGGACCAGAGAACAGAACCUGCAGUCGGCUCGGGAGCUCCAUCAGUUCCAUCACGACGUGGACGAGCUGAGGGGCUGGAUGGCUCAGAAGGAGGCCGUGCUGGACUCUGAGGACCAGGACCUGCACUCCAUCUCCACUCUGCUGAGGCAGCACGAGGCGCUGGAGAGGGACCUGGUCCUGAUCCAGGAGGAGGCCACCAGGACCCGGGAGGAGGGCCGGGCCCUGAGCCGGCGGCGGCCUGAGGUCGGCGCCGCCGUGACCCGGAGGCUGGAGGAGGUGGAGGCCGGCUGGACCGCCAUCCGGGACAAGGCCUCCCGGCGCCGAGUCCGGCUGGACCAGGUGCAGGAGGUGCAGAGAUACCUGUCCCACGGCAGCCAGCUGGUGGCCUGGCUGAGGGAGACGCUGUCCCUGGUUGGAGGGGAGCCGCUGGCCGUGGGGGGAGGCGACCCGGAGCAGCAUCUUAUGAAGCACCAGGAGCACCGCGUCCAGGUGGACAGGCUGCUCUGCAAAUCAGAGGCCGCCAAGGAUGAGGGGAGGAGCCUCAUGGAGGGCGGGACCUUCAUGUCAAAAGAGGUGGAGGAGCGCGUGUUGGAGCUGGAGGGGCUGGAGCUGCAGGUGGAGAAGCUUUGGGAGGAGACCAGGCUCCUGUAUGAGGAGGAGCUGGAGAUCUCCCUCCUGCAGAAGGAGCUGCAGCAGGCGGAGCGCUGGCUGAGCUCCUACGAGAGCUCGCUGACGGCCGAGGACUUCGGGGACUCCGUGUCGGAUGUGGUGGAGCUCCUAAAGAGGCAGGAGGACCUGGAGGCCAUGAUCCAGGCCCAGAACGACCGCUUCAUGGCACUACAGAAGAAGAAAACCCAGAGGGAGAAGCGACUCGAUGGAGCCUCGGAGCUUCAGGACAGAAAAACUCCAGCCAGGGUUUCGUCUCUGAGGAGCAAAUCCUCGGCUCCAAAGACCUCCUCCACCUCCUCCCCCAGGGACGUCGUCCGUGGGGUGAACGGAGGUCGAAGGACCGACGGAUCCAUCUCACCGUCCAAUCUAAACGGGACAAUAAGCCACAUGACCUCUGCUACAAGCCCCUCCCACCCCCGCCAGGAUGGGAGGGGCUUCAGUACGGGCAGGAAGAAACGGGAGGCGGGAGAAGACGCCGUUAGUCCUCCUGCUAGUCCCACCUCCUCAGAAGACUCCUCCUCCCCCGAACGUCCCCCCUCCUCCCCUCAGACCUCCCUUUCUUCUUCCUCCUCACCUGCAAAGGACCGAACCAAACCCCCCUUGGCUCCAAAGCCCGGAAUCUCCUCCUCCGAUGCACCGCCUGACUCCCCUCCACCAAUCAGAGAGCUCGAUGCUCCGGCUGAGCCGCCGCCUCCUCCCAUGGAGGAAAGACAUCACCCCCCCCCCGACUCUCCCCCUCCCGUGACAAGGGCGCAGCUCCACAACACGCCUCCCGGUUCUGAACAGGCUCCACCACCCGCCCCCCCGACUGCCGCUACACCAAUCACAGAGGAGGAGACCAGGUCAGCUGACCCGGCUCCCUCGCGGGGACGCAGGAAAUCGGAGGACGCGGCGGGGGGAGAAGCCCCCCCCGAGGUGACCGCCGAGCAGCCAAUCAGGAUGGAGGGGACGCUGGAGAUCAAACUGAAGCAAGGAGGAAACAAGGGGGUGGAGCACUGGGAGGAGGUGUUUGCGGUCUUGGAAGGAGAGACCUUUGCCCUCUUCAAGGACCGAGCGUCCGCUGAGCAGAGAUCCUCCAGGUGGCCUCCAGUCAAUGUGGGCGGAGCCGUGUGCAGAGAGACCGCCCACCACCGCAGGAAGGAGAACACCUUCAGGCUUGUACUGAAGGACAACAGUCAGUUCCUGUUUUCAGCGUCCAGCAGAGAGAGUCUUCUUCUGUGGGUGAAGACGCUCCAAAACGUCUCAGAGUCCACAGACAGCGACUCUGAUGACUCAGGGGCGUCGGGUUCGGAGCAGUUGGUUGAGGCGCCGGACGGUCGGCAGAGGCCAUCGUCCACUAAGGGGCCGCCUCCACCUAAACCCCCCCACACGUACUACAGCAGGAACCCCUACCACGAGGACGGGGGCGUCCCCACCACAGAGAGACCUCAAACUCCGCCCCUUUCCGGGUCGCCUCCUAAUCCGGCCCUCGACUCCCAGGACCCCCCCACCUGGAACCAGCCACCAGAGGACAGCAGCAGAGACAAGUCCAAGAGGAGCGUCUUCAGGAAGUUUUUCACUAAGAAGUGAAGCUGCUGACUCAAAGUGGGUUUAUAUUAGAAUCCUUUUAAUAACGACUUCAUUUUACCCAUUAGUUCAAAAACAUUUAUAAGCACAAAUGAAAUGUGUUUUAAGCAGAAAUGAUUUCACGUCCAUGUGUGUAAACAUAUAUUCUAUAUAUUUCAAGCAUGUUGAAAUACUUACAUAUAUAUUAAUGUACUAAAAUACAUAUUCUAACAGCGGCUUCUAACAGCGGUAUUACUAGUGGUAGUAUUUCUGCUACUAGCAGCAGAAAUACUACCACUAGUAUUACCACUACUACAGAUUUGUUUUUUGGUAAUUUGAGAUUUUGAGCUUGAAAGACUUCAUUGACGACAACAAGUCUAUUUAAAGAUAAUCAAUAAAAAACACUUCACAAAGAACAAAAUCGAUAAAAUACGUGAAACAAAAAAGUACUAAAAUAAAGAGAUAAAUGAAUAAAAGCUUUAGAUUUCAUUCUGGAGACUAAAAUGAAGCCAUGAAUAUCCUUAAAUCAAUAAUCAAUAAGCUAAUGAGCCAAUUUGAAACAGACUUCGUGUGACCUGAACAGUCAGUUAACAUUUUAUCCAGAGUUCAUCAAUCUGUUGUUUAUUUGUGGUCAAAAGUGUGUGCAGAGUGUGUUACAGUCUGAGAUUGGUACUAGUAAUGGUACCAGUAGUACUGCAGUAUCUGGGGUGUAGUCCUGCCCCUCGCCGCGGGGGGGCGCUGUCGGGUCACUAAUGAUCUGCGGCGCGUCCUGAAGGUUUGGUUUUUAACACUUAAAUAGGCCGAAAAUAUUUCAUAUUUAAUGAAAACUAGUCACCAAAUUCUGAUACAAAUGUAUUACGUGUAAAUGAUUGAAGUGACACUUCGUAACAAUAAUGUGCAAUAAAUGAUGAAAAAUACCAUUCAAAGCUUAAAUAGUGAAAACAUGAAAUGACUCAAUAAUUGAUUUAAACAUCUAUGGUUUGUUUUUUAUUAAAUCAAUAAGCGUUUUUACCUGGAAUGAUCUUUAUGAAAGUCGAAUGUUCAUCAUUUACUUUCCCUGUGAGGACAAAUUAAAGGUUUAUGGAUCUGUGUCUUCAGUUCUCUGGUCCUGGUUUCUUCUCAUUUAGAAUGUUAGUUUUUCCUUGGUAUGAAAAAUACCCCAAUAAAAAUAAAAAUACUUCAUUAUCCAUCUGAGUCAAUGAGAAGCCCUUGUUAGCCUUUGGAACCUUGUGGCCUCCUAGAACCACAAAGUCUCAGACUCCUGCAGAGAAGCACAGGAGCCUCCUCAGGAGAACCCCGAAACCCCUUCAGAACGCCUCGAUCCUCAAGAACCCCAAAGAACCCUUUGGAUCGGAUACCAGGAUCCACCCCGGAGCCGGCCUGCCCCCGGAUACCCCUCCCAGAACCCGAGGCCCCCUGACGUGCUCUGUUCCACAUGAUGUAUGUAGAAGUGCAUGAUGGAUGGCUUCAGGAGAACAGCUGGUGCAGAUGUUCUAAUUUUGACUCUGUGUCUGGAGGUCUGUUUUUAAAGUGUUCUGUUUGUGACCCGGAGGAAAGGAGGUGGAGUCUGGUUUGAGUGAGAGGAGCCCAAAAUCUAACAUUUUAUC